GAUGCACCGGAGGGGGGUGGGGGCGGGGGCGAUCGCCAGGAAAAAACUGACCGAGGCCAAGUACAAGGAGCGGGGGACGGUACUGGCCGAGGAUCAGCUGGCCCAGAUGUCCAAGCAGCUGGAGACGUUCCGGACACACCUGGAGGCCUUUGCCAGCAAGCACAAGCAGGAGAUCCGGAAGAGCCCGGAAUUCCGGCUGCAGUUCCAGGACAUGUGCGCCACCAUCGGCGUGGAUCCGCUGGCCUCUGGAAAAGGGUUCUGGGCGGAGAUGUUGGGAGUUGGAGAUUUCUACUACGAGCUGGGGGUGCAGAUCAUCGAGGUGUGCCUGGCGCUGAAGCACCGCAACGGAGGUCUGAUCACGCUGCAGGAGCUGCAGCAGCAGGUGCUGAAGGGACGCGGGAAAUUCGCUCAGGACGUCAGCCAGGACGAUUUGCUGCGGGCCAUCAAGAAGCUGAAGGUUUUGGGGAACGGGUUUGGGAUCAUCCCGGUGGGAGGAACGUUCCUGGUGCAGUCGGUGCCGGCCGAGCUGAACAUGGAUCACACCGUGGUGCUGCAGCUGGCUGAGAAGGGAUUUGUGACGGUGAGCGAGAUCCGGGACAGCCUCAAGUGGGAGACGGAGCGAGCGAGGCAGGUGCUGGAGCACCUGCUGAAGGAGGGCCUGGCCUGGCUGGACGCUCAGGCUCCGGCCGAGCCGCAGUUCUGGCUGCCCGCGCUCUUCCCGGAGCUGCGCGUGCUCGAGGAGCCCCCGGCCGCGCCCUGAGCGCCGGGGAACCCGCGGGAAUCCCGGGAAUCCCGGCUGGAACCCUCGGGGAUCCCUCCUGGAACCCCUCCCAGAAUCCUCAGGAAUCCCCCCGGGAUCCUCGGGAUCCCUCCUCUCCCCACGAUCCCAGCGACGGCGGGAUCGGGAAUAAAAAGUUUUGUAAAAAACUCCCUGAGCUUGGGAAUUUCCGUGGGAUCCGUCCCUGCUGGAUUCCCUGCACGGCUUUGGGUGGAAACGCCACGAAUUAGGGAAAACGAGGAGAAAAAGGGAGGAGGAGGCAAAGGGGAUUUGCAGCGGGAAAAGCGGGAUUCUGCCUCUGGAAUUCUGGCUGCCGGCAGUGGGAACGCCGGCCUGCAGCACCCCAGGAAUUCGUCACUCCGGAAUUAUUCCCACUACGGAAAACCAUGGGCUCCGUUCUGCCGAAACAAAACUUUAUUGCACAAAGG